AGCGGCAAGGUGUCCUCUCAGCCAACUCUACUGCAUCUACCUGCUGUGCUGCCAAAGCCCUCCGCACCAGGCUGGAGAUGCCCCAGCACGGCAUGGGGGACAAGCAUUUCCUUUCCCUCCCGAAGCACCUCUUCGCCAGUGCGUCCUCUGCCACAGACAGCGGCUGUGACACUCCACCCAGCAGCAGGGCUUCCCCGGCCUCCUUGCGCUCUGCCCACAGCCCCCUGGACUCCUCCAGCCAACUCCUGUUCAAGCCCCAGGCUGAGAAGCGGAGCAGCCAGACAGCCCGUGAGGUGAAGUACACAUCCGCAGGGCCAAAGGACACGCUGUGUGGUUGGCGAGCCUUCACCCCCGAGUGCUUGCAGGUGUUCAACACCCCCAAGGGCUUCCUCUUCUUCCUGUGUGCAGCCUCCUUCCUUCAGGGCAUGAUCGUGAACGGCUUUAUCAACACCGUCAUCACCUCCAUUGAGCAGCGCUUCGACCUGCACAGCUACCAGAGCGGGCUCAUUGCCAGCUCCUACGACAUCGCCGCCUGCCUCUGCCUCACCUUCGUCAGCUACUUUGGGGGCCAGGGGCACAAGCCACGCUGGCUGGGCUGGGGCGUGCUGGUCCUGGGCAUUGGCUCCCUGGUAUUUGCACUGCCCCAUUUCACCGCUGGCCACUACGAGGUGAAGAUGGAUGAGGAGGUGGGGACCGGGGCGUGUCUGGGCAAUGGGAGUCAUGUGGAGUGUAUGGACUCCGGUCUGUCCAGCUACCGGCUGGUCUUCAUGCUGGGUCAGCUACUGCACGGUGUGGGCGCCACACCCCUCUACACACUGGGUGUCACCUACCUGGAUGAGAAUGUCAAGUCAAACUAUUCGCCCAUCUAUAUUGCCAUCUUUUACACGGCGGCCAUCCUUGGACCUGCGGCGGGCUACCUGAUUGGAGGAGCCAUGCUAAACAUUUACACGGAACUGAGCCAACGGACGGAGCUGACCACUGACAGCCCACUGUGGGUUGGUGCCUGGUGGAUUGGCUUCGUGGGAGCCGGGAUCAUUGCCUUCCUUAUCGCCAUCCCCAUCCUUGGCUAUCCCCGGCAGCUGCCAGGCUCCCAGCGCUACGUCGUUAUGAGAACAACGGAGACCCAGCAGCUGAAAGACCACGGCCACAGAGCAGUGAGCAACCCAGCUUUUGGCAAGACUGUCAGAGACCUGCCCCUCUCCAUCUGGCUCCUCCUAAGAAAUCCCACCUUCAUCCUGCUCUGUCUGGCAGGGGCCACCGAAGCCACACUCAUUGCCGGCAUGUCCACGUUCGGCCCCAAGUUCUUUGAAGCCCAGUUCAGCUUGAGUGCCUCCGAGGCCGCCACGUUGUUUGGAUACCUGGUGGUGCCAGCAGGCGGUGGCGGCACGCUCCUGGGUGGCUUCCUGGUGAACAGGUUCAAGCUCCGUGGCUCUGGGAUCAUCAGAUUCUGCCUGUUCUGCACCUUGACCAGCCUACUGGCCUUCUUUGUCUUCCUCAUGCACUGUCCCAACAUGCCCAUGGCAGGGGUGACCGCUAGCUACGUUGGGAGUCCCCUGCCUGAAGGCCACUUGGACCUGAGGGCGGCUUGCAACGCCAUCUACUGUUGCCAGCCGGAGCACUACAGCCCCCUGUGUGGCUCAGAUGGCAUCAUGUACUACUCCUCCUGCUUUGCGGGCUGCCCCGCGGGUGCUGAAACGGGCCCGGAUGGCCAGAAGAUAUUCCGAGGCUGUAGCUGUGUCCUUGAGAAGGUUUCCUCUGGCUUGGGCAAUGCUACCGCAGGGAAGUGCACUUCCACCUGUCAGAGAAAGCCCCUCCUUCUGGCUCUCGUGUUCGUUGUAAUUAUCUUUACCUUCCUCAGCAGCAUUCCGGCUCUGACGGCCACGCUACGGUGUGUUUGUGAUCAGCAAAGGUCCUUCGCCCUGGGGAUCCAGUGGAUUGUCGUGAGAACACUAGGCAGUAUUCCGGGGCCCAUUGCCUUUGGCUGGGUGAUUGACAAGGCCUGCCUGCUGUGGCAGGACCAGUGUGGGCACCAGGGCUCCUGCUUUGUGUACCAGAAUGAAGCCAUGAGCCGCUACAUGCUCAUUGCAGGGCUCACAUUCAAGGUGUUGGGUUUCCUCUUCUUUGUUACUGCCUACUUCCUGUACAAGUCCCCGUCGGCGUCCUCAGAUGCCCUGGAGGCCUCCCUGCCCAGCCAGUCCUCAGCCUCCGACAACCCCACAGAACAGCUCCAGAGCAAUGUCUGACAACCACCGGCCCCUCCACAUUUCCCGAGGAC